AUAUUCUGUACAACAAAAGUGAUUUGCAUGUGCAAAUUUUUUUAUUAUGUAAAUUACAGUAAAGCAUAUUUGCAACCUUUUCCUUUUAGAAAUUGUGUUAUAGUAACCUGCCUAUGUGUUACAAUUUUUUUUCUCAGGUCUUGCACCUUUCCUUACUGUUUUGGGUGCUGUCUGACACACACCCUACCUAAAAGAUAGUAACUCGUUUGCUCGUUACUGCCAGGCUCCAGCUACACCGAGGAAAUACAACAAUAUUAUCAUAGAAACAGCUGAAGAUUGAUGGCAUUUUAUUGGAAAUUGUCAUACCACGUACUGAAUGUUCAUGAUGUCUGAACAUUUAGAAGAAAAUUGAUGGUCAGAAGAGUUUUUGAUUCCAGUGGAAUUUGUCACAUCUUUUGCGUCACUUUGUUUUCGAAAAGAAAACGCACUGAAGGAUCUACCUUUUUAUUUGAAAGGGAAGGCGUUUUGUCGAAGCCAUUGUGCUUCCCCUAGUGACCUCUGUGGGUUACAAUGCCUGUACAAGCGCCGCAAUGGACGGAAUUCCUGCUGUGUCCCAUCUGCACCCAGCUGUUCGAGGAGAGCGUCCGCAAGCCCAUCAGCCUGGGCUGUGGACACACCGUCUGCAAGAUGUGCCUGAACAAGCUGCACCGCAAGGCCUGCCCCUUCGACCAGACGGCCAUCGCUUCCGACAUCGAGCUGCUGCCUGUCAACACUGCCCUACUGCAGCUGGUGGGAGGACAGGUGCCCAAACGGCAGACUACCACCUUGCUGACGGGGCCAGAGGACAUAGCCCACUAUGAGGAAGCCAGUGAUUGUGUGGAGGAGCUGGCUCUGUACCUGAAACCACUGAGCAACAGCAGAGGGUUGAGCACCAGCGGUGCACAAAGCUCUCUGAGCCGGCCCAUGCAGAGGAAGCUGGUGACCCUGGUGCACUGUCAGCUGGUGGAGGAGGAGGGCCGGGUGAGGGCCACGCGGGCGGCCAGGUCCCUAGGGGAGCGCACUGUCACUGAGCUCAUUCUGCAGCACCAGAACCCACAGCAGCUCUCCUCCAACCUGUGGGCUGCAGUCAGGGCAAGGGGCUGCCAAUUCCUCGGCCCAGCGAUGCAGGAGGAGGCUCUGAAGCUGGUGCUGUUGGCUCUAGAGGACGGCUCCGCUCUGUCCAGGAAGGUCUUGGUGCUGUUUGUGGUCCAAAGGUUAGAGCCACGCUUCCCUCAGGCCUCUAAGACCAGCAUAGGCCACGUGGUGCAGCUCCUCUACAGGGCCUCCUGCUUUAAGGUGACCAAGCGAGACGAGGACUCGUCCCUGAUGCAGCUGAAGGAGGAGUUCCGGACAUACGAGGCACUGCGGCGCGAACAUGACUCCCAGAUUGUCCAGAUCGCCAUGGAGGGUGGCCUCCGCAUCGCCCCUGACCAGUGGUCCUCUCUGCUCUAUGGGGACCAGUCGCACAAGUCCCACAUGCAGUCCAUCAUCGACAAGUUGCAGACGCCAGCGUCGUUUGCUCAGAGCGUUCAGGAGCUGACCAUCGCCCUGCAGAGGACAGGCGACCCGGCCAACCUGAACCGUCUGCGACCACACCUGGAGCUGCUUGCCAACAUUGACCCCAGCCCAGACUCCCCUCCCCCCACGUGGGAGCUGCUGGACACGGGCUUGGUGGCGGUGAAAACGGUGGUGCACGGCCUGGUGGACUUCAUCCAGAACCACAGCAAGAAGGGGAGCGACACGCAACAGCCUCCCCAGCACAGUAAAUACAAGACGUACAUGUGUCGGGACAUGAAGCAGAAGGGGGGCUGUCCUCGAGGAGCCAGCUGCACCUUCGCCCACUCUCAGGACGAGCUAGAGAAGUAUCGUAAGAUGAACAAGCGUCUGGCUGCCCGACGGCCCCUCAGCCUAUCCUUGACGCAGCUCAACGAGGUGGGCCUAUUGCCCGAGGAGGUGGGGAUGAUGGAGGGGCUGGCCCACAAGGGCCUGACCAAUGGCAUGGUGGCAUCAGUCACAGGCUCCGCCCUGCCCCAGCUCAUCUCCCGCGGUGCCGACCCCUCUUAUGAGCCCAUUAUGCGGAAGCCCCAGUCCCAGGGAAGCCACAGUGCCCCCGGCUCUCCCCCUGACUUACUGGAUCCCAUGCCCAAUCGGUCCAUGGCCCACCCCAGGAUGGCAGUGGACCACCUGGCCAUGCAUAAGCCAGUGCCCAGGGGGCCCCCCAUGUACCCCUCACAGCAGGGUGAACAUUUCUACCCCCCUGAGCCCAGGGCACCACCAUCAGCCAUGCAGUACGAGUCCACCCAGUACCCCCCAGGUAACCCCCCCUACCCCUACCAGUCCUCCCAGUACCUUCCCCAGCCCCGCUACGUUCGGAACCUCCCUCCCCCUAACGACCUGGCCACGCCUGCCUACCCGGAGUCCCCCUACCCCGGCACCUACCCACAGGAGCAUGAGUGUCCCCCUCCCCCACAGCCCUCGGGUCCCCACUUCUCCAACGCCAACCCCCAUGGGUACCCACCUCCCCCUCAUUAUGACGGCCGUCGACACCCCUCCUACCCGCCGCCACCACCACAAACCUAUCCCCACCGGGAGGAACUCUCCUCCAUGCCUGCGGACGAGGCCUCCAGAGAAAGAUACCCUCCCGAGGGUUACCAGCCCGCUGGCCCCCACCCCGCUGGCCCCCACCCCGGCCACAUGAGGCCCUACUCCACACGGGAGGAUUACAGUCGGCCCCAGCCCCCUCCCACUCUGGACUACCUGCACCGCCGACGCCAGGAGAUCAUGGCCCAGUUGGAGGACAGGAAGCAGGUGACUCCCCCACCCUUUGCCCCCUCGCCCACGUUGCCACACACCUACGAGUCCAACUACACACAGGAGCAGUACAUGGAGAACUCCCAAGUGUUUGCAAAGUACCGUGAGCCAGACUACGCAAGCCAGUACUCUCCUUGGUCAUGUGACACCAUUGGCUCCUACAUUGGCAGCAAGGAGGGGAAGUCUAAAGACACCAUGGAGAGGAUGAACACUGAGGGGAAAGGUGCGGAGGGCCAGCGCAGGUCGGCCGAGGCCAGAGACGACGACCCUAUCAUCCCCUUCGGCUCCCUGCCCACUGUGUCGCGCUUCGGGGUGAUCUCCCGCACCCCCAAGACGGGCUACCAGAUGGCCGGGCCAGGGCAGGCGGUGACCCCCCCACAGGGGACCAACAGCCCCAAACACACCGCUGCAACAGCGGACUACCCCUAUGGGAACGGUGCAGGGUGGGGUGUUGCCCCGUACACCCAGCCCCCUCAGGCCCACCUCAGUGAAAGGCCAGUCCAGGAGAGGGAGCAGCUGACGAUGGAGCUCCAGCAGGUCAAUCGGCAGAUCAACAAGCAGACUGCCCAGGCGGCCCAACCCAGCCCGGGGGAGUGGUCGUCGGGGAGCGUCUCCAGCCAACAGCUGAGCCUGGAGCUCCACCAUGUGGAGAGGGAGAUUGGCAAGAGGACCCGCCAGAUAGCCCUGGAGAACCAUGUGUCUCAUGAUGGGAGCGGGGCAUACAAGCUGAAGCCCACUGAGAACAAAAUGCAGAGAGAGGAGCACUCGUUGGUUCUCAGUGAGGGCUAUAACGGUUCCAGUUGUGUUCUGCUGGAUGGCAGUGCGGCCGGCAGCAUUUUGUCCUGCCUGACCAGCAAGACCUCGUCCCUCAGCCUGUCCUCAGACCUCCCCACCACCGGGGGAACUGACCGACAGGAGAACAUCGCAGUCCACCCGUGUUCCUAGCCACACAACUGGAGUCUGGUACUACAACCACUGCUACAACCAACCAGUCAGUUAACCACACAGAGCCUUGGGGAACCCCUCAUCCUCUGAACGCUUAAACCUUUCCACCAUUUAGAGUGGAACACACAACCAGGUCCUCCAAACUGUCUGGUAUGCCCUACCUAAAUCCACAUUUGCAAGAUCUGGUUGAAGCCACUAAGAGCAUUUUAACUCCCAUCACAAAACAUGUGGAGAGAGGCGCAGUCUCUCCUCGCUUACAAUGGUGAGAGACCGUUCUAGGUUUCUUACAGGGAUUUGGGAUAUAAGGGCUAUUAAUAUCUUAAGUAACUGAAAAAGCCACUGAUAUACAAAUGUGGACGUAGUGCCUGCAUAGACAACGGCGCUUCAUUUGAUACAACACAAAUUGCACACUCGCAACUUUAGUUUGUCUACAACUAAGCAGUAUCUGCCGUGAAUUUUAUAUUUUUUUCAUUUGUUCAUUUUUGUUAUUCUGUGGAUGAAUGUUUUGUCAUAUACAAUCUCUCACUGCCUUGGAAACCAAGGGUUUUGAGAUUUAUGCUCCGUGAACCCAAUACUGAUUAGAAGAAGAAUAUAAAGACGAGGCCAGUUCCUUGGUUUCAAAUAGACAAGGCCCCCAUAAUCGCAUUGACAUAACAUCUGUCGUUAGCUUCACAAUGUGCUACAUUUUUAGUAGCAUCCCUAACAACAAUCUUCGUGCUUAGCGUAUAUACAAGUUCUAAAAUGCAGACUUUCUAUUUGGAAUUAAUUGUAAGUUCUUGUAGCUGAGUUGCAAUGUUAUUCGCAGACAAAACAUGUAGAGCGUUUCGUUAAGUUUCACUCUUUUGCCACUUGAGGAUUUCAUACUUGGUGCUCUGUUGAAGGAGCACUUUCACAUCUGGUCAAAAGCUCUCCAUUUCAUAGAAACAAUACUUGUUGACAACUGGCUGUGAAUACGUUUUAUAAAGCCAAGACGCUACAAAUUGAAGAUAUUGAGUUAUCACUUUUCAACUGGGAAGUAUUGAGAUUUUGUUGAAGCUGUAACAAACUAGACGAGGCAAAGGCGUCCCUGCGUCCAGUUGUUAGUUCAGUGGCCUGGACCUCUUUUGGUAUCCCCCCCCUCACCACCACCACAACCGCCUUCAGACUCUGGAAAAGGAGAUUUACUACAGCCUCUGCCAUCCAUGCUUUGGGAUGAGGCUGAUGUGAAACAGGGAAAAGGAUAUGCGCUGAGUACACAAACAUUAAGAACACCUGCUCUUUCCAUGACAGAUCAUGACAAGCCAUGAUCCCUUAUUGAUGUCACUUCUUAAAUCCACUUCAAUCAAUUUAGCUGAAGGGGAGGAGACAGGUUAAAUAAGGGUUUUCAAACCUUGAGACAAUUGAGACAUGGAUUGUGUAUGUGUGGCAUUGAGGGUGAAUGGGCAAAACAAAUUAUGUGCCUUUAAACAGGGUAUGGUAGUAGGUGCCAGGCACACCGGUUUGUGUCAAAAAACUGCACCUCUGCUGGGUUUUUCACGCUCAACAUUUUCCUGUGUGUAUCAAGAAUGGUCCAACACCCAAAGGACAUCCAGCCAACUUGACACAACUGUGGGAAGCGUUGGAGUCGACAUGGGUCAGCAUCCCUGUGGAACGCUUUCGACAUCUUGUAGAGUCCGUCCCCGGACAAAUUGAAGGUGUUCUGAGGGCUUAACCGGUUGCAACUCAAUAUCAGGAAGCUGUUCCUAAUGUUUGGUAUACUCGGGGUACAUUUAGGCUUGGCAUUCAAGCGGUUUUCCUUUUCUUUUUGGGGGGGUAAUUUAAAUGCAGCGAGGGAUUGGGUGGGAGGGAGUCACGUGUCAAGCAUUCGUCUGCUGUUGAUUGGGUGGCCAGAGAUGGGAAGAUGGAGUAAAAAGAAAGAGGAAUGAAGCCAGACAUUAACCAUGGCUAGAAUUUGAGACAUUGAUCUACAAAGCGUAUUUUUUGCACUUUCAUAGCUUUAAGGAUUGUUUGUACUGAGGAUAUGUAUUUAUUCAUAUGGAUUUUCAUCCUGAGGAUGGAUAUAACAUAUUGAAAGGUAAAACUUACAACCCGCAUUCUGUUUUAAGAAUGUGUAGUCGAAGAUAGGGAGCAGCCAUGGCUAAGGCGAUAAGAGUUGAUCAUGUACAGAGCAGGGUUAAAACAGCCACUGUUUUUAUUCAUCAAUCUACUGUAUACUUCCUAGUUAAAAAACUAUAUAAUUGGGUGGAGGUUCACCUCCACCAAUGUGUCACGGUAUGCUAUAUCACAUACCCAUAACACGGUGAAUGACAGGAAAGGCAAAUUCCUAUUUCAGUUCCUCAACUCCACUCCUCUGAUCACCUUUUUCACCAACCGCAGCGGACAUUUGUGUCGUUUUUAUUUUAACUUCCAAGAAGUUGCUCUAGUGAAAGGGUUUCUGUUAUUUUCCUGUAGGGGUUAAUCAUUUCUGGAUGGGGGGUCAGUGCGUAGGUGGGGACAGGCCACUGAACUGGGCUAUGGCAGAGCUAGAGUUAGCUAAGCAGUUCGUAUCACUGGAUCAACAACCUCAGAACCACCUCAGCAGGGUGGGAGGAGACAAAGUGGCAUUUUGUCGCUGCCAAAUAAGUGUUAUUUUUUUCUAAAUAUGAACAAAUUCAACGUGCAGCAAGUUUUGCAGUUGGAUAAUGUGCAUUAUGAUGCACCCCUUGCAUUGAUGUUGCAAUUUGAAUUGAUAUUUCGAAAUAUUUAACUAGUUGGAAUAGUGCAGUCACGUUUGACACUAGCGUCACCUUUUUGUGUUGUCGGUUACACCGCUCUUACAAUCCUAUUUCGCCAGUAGAAAUAUUAAAUAGUACUAACCAGUUAUUGCAUUUAUUUCAAGUAAGUCAACAUCUUUAGUUAACUACCUGGUACUGAAUGGUAUUCACCGCUUAUGUAUCCCUAAAAAAUGAAACUUAACAAUAAAUAAGAGUCAUGCGGAUAAUGUUACUGUCAGAUACACGCAGACUAUGAAAUUAAGAACAACGAGUUUGCUUGCCUUCUAGGUAAAAAUUAAUUCACAGAAUGUAUUUAAGUUUCAUUAUGAAAUGAUGGCUGGGCUAUUCCAUUUGAAUUCACAAGAUAUCCAACGACUGGUAUAGUCACACUUGUUUUAAUCAAGUCUUUGUCUUCAUGGAAAUAUUUAAGUAUGUUAUACAUGUUUUUAGUUACAUCUCACUUUUUGAGGUUUUUAUUUGAGAUGUGAAACAGCUUACACUGUAUGUGCACAACCUAUACUGUGUUGGCUUUUUGCAAAGCCAGACAAUGACAUUGACUUCAGUCCAUUUUUCUCCUAUAGACGUUCUGUGCACAUGACAUUGAAAUAUUAAUUGGACCUCAAUGAUUGCUAUCUUUUUGAGCAUUCACUCGUUUAACCGUUUUCUGUACUAAUUUCAGAGCAUUAGAUUUGUUUGUUAGCAUUCUAGCUAGCAAUAUUACGGAAAAUGACUGUUAAUCAGACCAUAAUGUAGAUUACUCAAUGCGGUUUGCGUUACUCUUCAUGCUAACCAUAACCAAUGGUCCCUUCAUACCUCAUCGUAUUUUUUAUCAAUUAAAACUGAUUUUCAAGGAUAUGAUGACACAAUCCCUUUGGCAUCAUGCAUGUUUGUUAUCAAUGACUACGUUAUCUCGCUUUAGUCACCUCUGUAUCAUUGGGUUUUUGGCACGAAUGUGACUUCAAACUAUUGUCAUAGUGGGAAAUGAAUUGCGUUGUAGUGUAGAGCCAUUGUGGUGGUGGUGGUUGUAGUAGUUAUAGAAGUUCAUAGGAAAAGAGAAAGUAUGUAUCAUUGUGGAAAAUAGUGCACCUGUAGUUUGGGGGCUGAACAGAACUGCAGUCAACUAUGCUGUGUACAUACAAAGACACAAAUAUUUAAAUGUCUGGGGAAAUUGUGGUCAGUGACAACCAUUGGCGUAAUCACAAGACUAUUAUAUAUGUAUCAUGCGGUGUUUCCCCUAUGUUAAUUUAAUACGGCAUAAGCCAUGGCAAAAUGUGUAGAAUUGCAGGAAAUUUGCGUUAAAAAAAUAAUUAAAAGGUAUGUUUUAUCUCUGUGACCAAGAGGACGGCUUCAACAUUUGGUCGGAGACCGUCCCAUACCAUCGCCUCCCCCUCCCAACUUUGGCACAACUGCGCAAAAAAAAUCACAGGGGGGAAACACUGAUCAUGUAUGUGCUUAGUUGGGUCUAAAUCACACUGACCUGUUUGACCUCUGUGGCUUUGACAGCCCUGAGACGUACCAAGAAUACACUGGGUACCACCAAGCCUGCAUUAAUGCCAGGAGCGUCACUUCUGUUAUCUGAAGAGCAGUGCUUACAAAUAUCUGUCAAACCAUUCAGUAAAAUUAAACUCCAACAAUCCUUCCAAUUGCAUUUGGACGUACGGUUGUAUCAGACGGCUUGAUGUAUUUGGACAUGCUGUAUGUUCCUCCCAUCAGCGUCAUCAUCAAGGCAACAUGUCUCCUCAUAAAAGGCUGAGUCAUUGCUCUCUGAAUGUGGAUUAAUAAUGCACACUUUUUUGUCUUGAAGGUGUGCAGACACCUUUUUACAGAGAACGUCAAAGUCCUCUGAGGACCUGGUUGAGAGUUGUCGGUGUGUUAGCCGCUAGGUUGUGCUAAUUUACCAACUUGUGGGAUCACUCUGAACGUGGGUCAACGUACAUCUUUACCAUGACUUGACUCCCUAUUGAGGAAUUGGACUAAUAAUGUACGUUCUUUGUACAUUUAUUCAGUUAUUCACCUCUUAUUUGAUGUGUUUGUUACUAUUUUGUAGACCAAUAUAAACUGGUCUCUCGAGACAUCUUAAAAACACCAAUUUUGGUGGGACCUUUUUUUUUUAUGUGUAAUCGCUAUGUAACAUUAUACUAUUGUUGAUUUUUGGUGUUACUAUUUCUUGGGAAAGCGCUAUUGACAUUUUGAACAAUCGUAAAGAUUGGAUACAAAACCCUUGCUGUAAUGCAUUGUAGAGACAGAAUUUGUGGAAGGUUCAAAAGAAUGUAAUGGUUUGUUAUAUUGCCAUGCUUCAUGGGUUAGGCUACUUCAGGGCAAUUCCGCCACUUUUUUUGGUUUUUUUUUUACCUCAUUGAUCAUUACCAAACCAGUGUCUACAUAUGUGUAAACAGCACGUUUCUAUGACCUGUGGUUAAAAUGACAAAGGUCCUUUAAAAAAAUGCUUCUCUGGGACAUCAGAGUAGGAUUAAAAGUUUUUUUUUUUCCUUUUUUUUACAACAACAAAAUAAACAGAUUUUUAAAACCGGCAAUGAGUUUAUAGCCCAAGGGAGGAUAUUUUCAUGGUCCCUGUGUCACCACGACUCGCAUAGUGUUUGAAAAUCACUUUUUAAAAUGUAGCUUUUGAUGUCAUUCGGGUAGAAUGUAACUUUAAAAAAAAAAUUUAAAAUGUAGAAAUGCACCAUUUACACAUAUGUUGACAAUGGUAUUGUGCUGGAGAUAAUGAAAAUGAGGUAGAAAAGUGGUGGAGGUUGUCCAUUUAACAUGCCGUGGUUUCUAAGAACUGCUUUCGAUCCGAGGUAUUAACCAGAAGGAACUGCCAUUGCCCGCACUGGGAAAGUGAAUUACCUCUUAAGUUAACUACUGUGGUUCAAAGCCCUGUCUGUUGCUCAAUGAUUUUUUCAUAUUUAAGUGUUUAAAAAAAGUGAACAUUUUGCACCAGUGCAAAUUAAUAUAAUAUUAAAACUUAAACAUGUAUGUUUAAAUAUGUCCUUAUAAAUGUAUGUUUUUUUUUUGAAGUAUUCGCUUCUUUCAAAAAACAAAUUGGUGGGAAAAUGUAUCCUUUUAAUGUGUCUGAAUGGGAAUUCUCUUCACUCCAUACCUUCACUGCUAUCUUUUGAAUACUGUCUGUUCUCAGUCGUUCUAUUGUUGAGCGCACUGAUUGAGGCUUAAGAAAUGUGACGAGCUUUCCAGCAGGUUGACUAUUUCAACGUUUAAGAUGCAAACCUACAGGCUUGUCUAUACAGUACAUCAACUUCCCGCUGUUAAUUAAACUCCUUCAAGAGUCAGCAUUUAUAUUAAAUGGUCUCUACAUAUCAGCUGUGCAAAGAGGAGUCAAUCAGCUGAUUGCCAAUGCAGAGCCGAGGAACCGCUUAUCCUUUGAGACAAAGGAGUUCAGUGCCAGAAUCUACACUUGUAAAACUGCAACGCAUGUUAAUAUUUAAGAUCCAUUGAUACCGGGAAACUCACCUGUUUGUUUACAUAGCCAUUUUGUGUCUUUCAUACAAACCAAGAAAAUAGUUUGGGCUGUCGUAGCAUUGUCUGGUCUGUGUUUGAUUAGAGGAAAGACAUCUGCCGUUUCCAAGGGGCUUUUAUUUUUCCAACCCUUCUAGAAGGUUGUCUGUUUUUUGAAGUUGUGGAGAGAAGAUCCCGGUAGUCUUUUUAUUUUAUGCUUCCUAAUUUAAAUUAAGUGUGUGUGAUGAUUGACUCGUAUUGGGUAAACGCAGUAACAUUUUGAUAGUAGGAUAGCCAUACACCAAGACAACGCGAGUAACUUAAUUAUUUUCCAAGAAUGUUACUUUCUUGUCCAGGAAAUGUCUUCAGUUAUUCAUUGAGUUUUUACUAAAUACUGCAGAAUGAAUUACUUCUUUGGAUUUAGUUGUCCUAAAUCCUAUCAGUGUUCCCCCUAUAUUCAUUACAAAGCGGUGGCCCACCUCUGCUUAAUUGUUGCCACCUCUGCAAACAAGUAGCACAGGAUCACUUCACUUUUUAAGUGGAUAUGAAAUGUAACAUUAACCCACAUUGUAACACCUCACACACUGACAGGCAAUGGGUAUUAUUGGGAGUUGAUUUCCAUGUGAGCGGCCAUGUCCCAAUGGGAGAGACCGCUUUUCUUUUUUUCUUUUUCUCUUGUUCACGCUGAACACACUCAUUGGUUUGGGAACUGUAAUUGGGACAUGUAAUUGCUUUGGGAAAUGUAAUUGCUUUUGAUUACUACGACCCAAGUUGUCUUGUAAGAAUUUGCUUAAUUAAGUGAAGGUACAUGUUUAACUUCAACAUGAUGAAGACAAUGUUUGUUUUUAUAUUCUACUCCCUUAAGGAAUGUUUAGAAUAUUUUUCCAAUGUGGAUGUAGCUGUUAUACCAUUUCUCUUUUGUUAAAGAAUUCACUGUGUGAAAAUUGGAUUGCAUUUUUGUAUAAUACAAUUGCUUUUGGGGGGGGGGGGUAAACUAACUGGAAGUUUGAAGUAAAUGUAACUUAUGUGCAACAGUGAUUCUUUACUGGCAGGGACUGUAAUUAAAUAAUAUUGUGAAACUGA